GCAGAGAAAAUACAAAAAAAAGAGAGAAAGAGAGCGGGAGAGCUGUGAUGAGAUACAGCAAUGAGAGGAAAAUGAGCUUGAUGGAAGAGUACUCGAGCUCAGUUAAUCCUGCUGUCAGUUGGUGUUAAGGCAGCGAUCUAAGCGCUGGAUUCCAAGAGAAAGAGACACACAUACACCGCACAAUAGACGGAAGAGAGGACGCCCCAAAAGCAACAAACCAGCGGAGAGGAAAAUACCAAAAUCUAUGCUUGGACCUGGGCUUCUUUCUCGCCAAUGCAAAAGGGAAUAUGCAGCACAUUUUUGCCUUCUUCUGCACCAGUUUCCUAGGGGCAGUGUUGGGGGUCAAUUUCCCCAGCAACAUCCAGAUAGGGGGAUUAUUUCCUACUCAACAAUCCCAGGAACAUGCGGCUUUUAUGUCUGCAUUGUCUCAGUUUACAGAGCCCCCCAAGCUGUCUCCCCAAAUUGACAUUGUGAAUAUUAGUGACAGCUUUGAAAUGACCUACACCUUCUGUUCACAGUUCUCCAAGGGCGUCUAUGCUAUCUUUGGUUUUUAUGAGAGAAGGACUGUCAAUAUGCUCACAUCCUUUUGUGGGGCUCUCCACCUCUGUUUCAUCACACCCAGCUUCCCCGUUGACACUUCCAACCAAUUUGUUCUUCAGCUGCGCCCUGAACUGCAGGAUGCCCUCAUCAGUGUUAUAGAAUAUCACAAGUGCCAGAAAUUUAUGUACAUUUAUGAUGCUGACCGGGGGUUGUCAGUCCUUCAAAAAGUGUUGGAUACAGCUGCAGAGAAAAACUGGCAAGUGACAGCUGUCAAUGUCAUGACAACAACAGAAGAGGAUUACAAGUCACUCUUCCAAAAUCUGGAGAAGAAGAAGGAACGAGUAGUAGUGGUAGAUUGUGAAACAGACCGACUGAAUGCUAUCUUGAGCAAGAUCGUUAAGCUUGGGAAAAAUGGGAUAGGAUAUCAUUAUAUUCUUGCAACAUUGGGUUUCAUGGACAUUGACCUAUCAAAAUUCAGGCAAAGUGGUGCAAAUGUGACUGGAUUCCAGCUGGUAAAUGAGACAGACACUAUUCCAGCCAGGAUCAUGCAACAGUGGAAGAACAAUGAUGCCAGGGAACAUCCUCAUGUUGACUGGAAGGGGCCAAAGUACACAUCUGCCCUUACGUAUGAUGGAGUCAGGGUAAUGGCAGAAGCUUUCCAAAGUCUCAGGAAACAACGAAUUGACAUCUCCCGUCGAGGCAAUGCUGGAGAUUGUCUUGCAAAUCCAGCUGUUCCUUGGGGACAAGGAAUUGAUAUUCAGAGAGCUCUACAACAGGUGCGCUUUGAAGGUUUGACGGGUAACGUUCAGUUUAAUGAGAAAGGACAUCGGACAAAUUAUACCCUUCACGUGAUGGAAAUGAAACAUGAUAAGAACAGGAAGAUUGGUUAUUGGAAUGAAGAUGAAAAAUUUGUCCCUACAGCCAUAGAUCAACAAGGAGCAAAUGAAACCACUAAUCUUCAGAACAGAACAUAUAUAGUCACAACAAUUCUAGAAGCCCCAUAUGUGAUGCAGAAGAAGAGCUAUGAACAGUUGGAAGGAAAUGACAGGUACGAAGGAUAUUGCGUAGAGUUGGCUGCUGAGAUCGCAAAACAUGUUGGCUACCAAUACAGGUUGCAAAUUGUUAGCGACGGGAAGUAUGGAGCCCGAGAUCCUGAGACUAAAUUAUGGAAUGGCAUGGUCGGGGAGCUAGUAUAUGGAAAAGCUGAUGUAGCUGUUGCACCAUUGACUAUCACACUUGUGCGAGAGGAAGUUAUAGACUUUUCCAAACCAUUUAUGAGUCUGGGCAUCUCUAUCAUGAUUAAAAAACCUCAAAAGUCCAAACCAGGGGUCUUCUCCUUUCUGGAUCCAUUAGCUUAUGAGAUUUGGAUGUGCAUCGUUUUUGCCUACAUUGGAGUGAGUGUUGUCCUUUUUCUGGUCAGUCGCUUCAGCCCUUAUGAGUGGCACAAUGAGGAGCUGGAAGAAGGACGUGACCAGCCAGCCAAUGACCAAACAAAUGAAUUUGGAAUAUUUAACAGUCUCUGGUUCUCCUUGGGAGCUUUUAUGCAACAAGGAUGUGAUAUAUCUCCAAGAUCCCUGUCUGGACGUAUUGUUGGUGGAGUCUGGUGGUUUUUCACCUUGAUCAUCAUUUCUUCUUACACAGCCAAUUUAGCUGCAUUCUUGACUGUGGAGAGGAUGGUGUCUCCCAUAGAAAGUGCAGAAGAUUUGGCCAAGCAGACAGAGAUUAGCUAUGGAACUCUGGAUGCUGGUUCUACUAAAGAAUUUUUUAGGAGAUCUAAAAUAGCGGUUUUUGAGAAGAUGUGGACGUACAUGAAGUCAGCUGAGCCCUCUGUUUUCGUGCCGACAACAGAAGAGGGGAUGAAACGUGUGAGGAGAUCGAAAGGGAAGUAUGCCUACCUGCUAGAGUCUACCAUGAAUGAGUACAUUGAGCAGAGAAAGCCAUGUGACACCAUGAAGGUGGGAGGUAACUUGGAUUCCAAAGGCUAUGGCAUUGCAACGCCAAAAGGUUCACUACUAAGAGGUCCCGUAAACCUAGCGGUUUUGAAACUCAGUGAGCAAGGCGUCUUAGACAAGCUGAAAAGCAAAUGGUGGUACGAUAAAGGGGAGUGUGGAAGCAAAGACUCCGGAAGUAAGGACAAAACAAGUGCUUUGAGCCUCAGCAAUGUGGCCGGUGUUUUCUACAUCCUCAUCGGUGGGCUUGGACUAGCCAUGCUGGUUGCCUUAAUCGAAUUUUGUUACAAGUCCAGAAGUGAAUCAAAACGGAUGAAGGGUUUUUGUUUGAUCCCACAGCAAUCUAUCAAUGAAGCCAUACGGACAUCAACUCUUCCUCGAGCAUCCGCAGCAGGAACCAGCAGUGGAGAAAACGGACGGGUGGUGAGCCACGAUUUCCCUAAAACCAUGCAGGAGAUUCCGUGCAUGGGUCACAGCUCUGGGAUGUCCCUGGGAGCAACGGGAUUAUAAUUGCCCUUGAUGGAUCUUGGGUGAGAGCAGGGUCUCCCUGGCCUGAGCCUCUCCAGUGCCAAAACCAAACCAGAUCAAAGCAAACCAUACAAGAAGAGGGACAAUUCAGUGGAUCUUUCAGCGGAAAUCAGAUCUAUUUUCCUUUGUGUGUGUGUGUGUAUGCGUGUGUGUUUCUGUUUUACAGUAAAUCCACAGGCAGAAGAAAGUACAACCUGUACUGCAAUAAGGAGAGGGCAACCAGACUGAACAGAAUUUGGAGACAUCCCUGAGUACACGGUUACAGGAACACUGAGGAAGACAGCGCCAUUUUAUUUUUAACUUGGUUGUUAAUAAGUUCUUAGUGUGUGCAAUAUAUAUUUUUCUUACUAAUUCCCGUGAUGUCAGGGUAAUUUCAGCCCUGCUCUGCUCAACAGUUUAAAAUCAGGUUUAGUUUGGGAUGAGAACCAUAAGUGUCUGCGCUACUAACAGUGAAAGGAAAACAAAAUUCCUUUGAGACAAAGAGUCUACUGUGUUAAAAUUGUUGCAACAAGGCUGAAUAGGCUGAUGAAAGAGUUCUCCAUUCCACUGUCAAUUAAAGGACUUCAAAGACAGUUGAAAGAGAAGCCUAACAUGGAGAAAGUAAUAGUAAGACUUCAUUGGAAAUGGAGGACAAUUGUUUCUGGACUAAAAAGAGCCCAGGUAAAGAGAAAUUAAUGUGAUCCUUAUUCCCAGCCUAGGAAGUGGUUAUUUGAGUUAAAAAUAUUGUGAGUUCUGAGCAUAACAGCCCAGAAAAUAUGCACUUGGCAGGCUCCUAUGGAAAUGCCAUCAUCCAACUACAACAACGGCUGUCUUUUGCAUAUAGCGAAAACCAAGCAAAUGCAAAACAUAUAUGUUACAUAUCAUCCUCCCUGCCUGCUUCUCUGAAAUGGAAGAGGCAUUGUCAGCCAUUUCCUUAUUCCUGCACUUCUGUAUGGUUUCCUUGCCAUUGUGACCUUUGAGUAGAGAAUCCUUCACCUUCCUAGCAAAAUUUCUACAGAUCACUCCAUGGGUAUCCAUAAACCAGUAAAGAGACUUAAAGACAUCAGGGCUGUUUUGUGAACAUCUGGCUUUUUGUUCCUCUGCUUUAAGUGGACAUUCCAUGGAGUAUUAGAUUUGUUAUGAAAAACACCCCAAGAUUUCACUGAAUGACAUCAAUAUUCACCUUGAUUCAACCUUUCACAAUAUUAGAUUACAUCUGAUCCCAGUUGCUUUCAACAUUUUCAAGAAUCAAGUUUUUGCCAGUGACAUGAUUUUCAGAAAAGCCGACAGAUGUGGUUUCCAUCUCAUUCAUCAUCAUGAGGGGAAGUGGAACACACAGAACAGACCAGCUGGUACCCUGCUUGCUAUUAAAAACUUUGUCUGUUAUCCAGAACCCAAGUUUGCAAUGAAACACUGAAAUCCAUGAAGCACAAGAAAGUGGACCUGCUAGCAGUAUUUCCCGUCAUGUGUGUGUGUGUUAGUUGUCUACAUCUAAACAAGAGCUUCAUAAAUGUGUGUAUGUGAUACCACCACUAUGAACAAUGAAAUAUUUAGGCAGAAUGAGAAACAUUCCCCUGAAGAAAAAUUAAACAGGAGUGUCUUCUACUCUAUCAUGGUCUGGAGGAGACCUUACCCUUCCCUGAAAUCCUUGUCCUCAUAACACAUUUGCCCAUGACUGGAUAUUAACUCCAGAUGUUUCAAGGAGCUAAAACUUCCUCCAAAUGCCAGUGCAGACCUAGCAGUAUAACAGGAACAUGUUAUAUCUGAUGUCUCAGAUCUGUGGGUAAUGUAAUGUGUAAAAUAGGCAAUUUCAACUUAAAAUGGAGGCUAAAGAUUUUACAAGAAUGCAACGCAGGCUACAAAUAGAAAUGGCUUUGUUGUGGGAACCUUCCUGGUCGAACUGUCUUUAUAAAUGGGACUGGCUCUAAAACAAAUAGUCUUUCAUUUAUGAGUUACUGUUCUAUAAAACUAGACUCUAUGAACUAUUUUUACCAUUCAAGUCUUCAUUGUUCCAUCAAUUUCUUCCAGCUCUUAAGAUGGCACCUUAAUUAAGACUGGCAAGACAGAAACUACAGAUCCUCUUCAGAGGGCACAGCAUGCCUAGUGUCUGCUUAUUUUCUUUCAGUGCCACCAGAAGCCUUUCUGUCUCAUCUUUCAUCCAGCUAUAUGUCAAGAGAGUGAUUCAGCCUCCAAUAAUAAUUCUUCAAGUUGUUGUUCUCUGUAUUUUUUUAAAAAAAAAUGCCUUUGAUUACUUUUUAAUUUUAGUUCUGUGUAUGUCUUCAUAGUGUGCAGUCCUCAAGAAACCAGACCUUCAUUUAAUGAAGAAAUCUUUUGGGUGUCCAAGAAGAACUGAUCCUUCUGUCAAUUUCAAGAAUUUUCAUAGCUCCCCUGCCUAUUUUCCACUUCAAAAUGCAAUGGGAGCAGGGCACAGGGAUUUCCCUCUGUGCAUAAUAAUAUAAAAAUAAGCUAUGUGAAACUUCAAAAACUGUUGCCUUUGUGGCAAAAAAAUCAGAGACCUGUCUGACAAUUGAGCCAGCCAGUUAGAUGGGUUAUGGGAAGGAGCCUUCUGUGAUAGGACAAAUGCCUGUGAUAAUGGGACACGAAAACUCAUCUUUAAAAUGUUUUUGAUCAAUGGAAAGGUGGGAGGAGGAAAAGAAAAAAUAUACAGAAAAAGAUGGGAAAUGUUAACUUGUAAUAUGUAUUUUUACUACACUUUUCUUAAAUAUAGAAUAAUGGUGGGGAAGAACCAUAAAGACAUUGACAUUUUUUUCUCAACAAGACUCCAUAUUUAACAGUUUUGGCUUUCAUUAAAUUUUGCUCUUUGGUA